AUGUGCAAGUUCUUUCUCUGGGCGCGCUGCGAGAGAUGCGACCCGUCGUCGUCCGCGCCCUCGUCUGCUAGCGCUGGGCUCUCUUCCUGGCCUCAGCUCAAACAGCUCAACGCUGCUGUGACCAUCACACCACUGGACAGCGACGCUCAGCUGCGCAAUCGCAAGCGCCAGCGACCGUCGGCUCCAUCGUCUCCAUCCGCGUCCUUCUCCACUCCGGGGGACUUAAAGCUCGACUUCGCCGGCUUCGAGGUCGGCAACAACGCCCCGUCCACUAUCGUGUCCUCGGCCUCACUGUCGCUAGCAACCACCUCGUCGGCCGUGACCUAUCCGGCCGCCUCGAACGGGUACUUCACCCCGAACAGCUACCCGCCUGCCGUCUCCACGGACGACGUACUUACCUUCCUCAAGAACCUGCAACUCGCGCAGGACCAGGCGGCGUUGGCGCUGGCCACGCAGCGACUCGCUCAGGACGGAUUCGACUCGGUGCUAGCCUUAGCUUUCGCGGUCGUGAGUGAACUGCAGCACGCCGGUAUCGCUGACGCCCAGCUCGUGUGGCAACAGGCGCACCGUGACUUCCAAGCCCGGCGGUUCCAGGUCCCCGGCGUGUUGUCUCCCAACUACACGGUAUCGCGAUGGAUGGAGCUUUGCGGGAUCCCGAAGGUCAACAUCUUCGAGUACACUGAGUACCUGUGCCGUCUGGGCUACUCGGCGGUGCGGGAUCUCGAGUUCAUCCUGCACGACCAACGUGCUCUUGCCGUCUUCAAGAUCGGCCACGGCCGCCUCAUAGCGCACUGUAUCCAGUCGGCCAUCAACCGACACCAUUUGCAAGCAGCCAGCUACCAGUACGGCACCCACGGCCCCGACGUGUACACUGCCGGAUCGUCGAGCGCACUGCUUCAACCGCUGGACAUCCAGCGCGAGAACGAGUUCGACGUGCAGGCCUACGACAGCUUCUUGGAGGCGCUGAUCGAGCCGACGGACGCUGAGAAGUUGCAGCAACGAUACUCGGCGCCGGGUGCUCUGACUCUGAGCCGUGAGAACGACACGAACCGCGUCAAUCUCGUUGGUACUACUGAUGUGUUCGGCAACCGGAUGAGUUUCGGUGGGGUGUCGUCGCCCGUACCUCCCAGUAUGCCUCUGCGUCUGCUCCCGCAAGAGCACUUGCAGUUGCUGUACGAAGCGGUCAACUUGCCGCGUCCCAAUCCGUGCCGUCGUGGCAAAAAGAUCUAUUGGUCGGUGCUAGCCACGGGCGGCAUGAAAGAAGACCGAUUCGCUCCUCUGACCCAAUUCAUGGCCGCUGAGCUGCAGAACGCCUACUUGCGUCAAUUCGAGCUGCCAGCCACCAACCCCGUCAAAAUAGACGCGUGGAGCGACGAGAACAUCCGACAGCUCGAGCAUGCCGUCAAGGAUCCUCGCUGUCGCCACCUGUCCAAGGUGUGCUGGGAGAUGCUGGCCACGGGCCGCACGGGCGUCGACGAGUACGCACCUCUGGCCAAGUUCACUGCGUCGCAGCUCCGCUCGCGGUUCCGCUCGCUGUUCGGCGACAAACGCCCGCAGAAGCUGCGCUAAAAGAGCAAAUGCUCAAGCUGCAGCAACAGCAACA